AUGUCCGUGUCCACCACUCUAGUUCAUCCGAAACAAACCAGAAAAGGGCCUUAAAGUGCUAAAACCCGGAAUUUUUCUUCAAUGAUUGUUUAAGAAUAUAACACAAUAUACACAGUCUGAAUUGUUUGAAGUGCUUAAACGUGUGUGCUGCCUGUGUGUAUGGCGUGCGUGUGUAUGUGUGUAACUGUUUGUAUUUUUGUAUGCAAACGUGUGUGCUUCACUACAAAAAGUGUGCACCAAGUGACAAAACAUGGUGACACCCAAAUGUGUGUGUAUGCAUUGCAUAAGUAUACUGCCAUUAGGGGUUUUCGACAGCAAUUAUAGGAGCUGCCCACAGGAAUUAUGAAUUGUGGAGCUGCAUGCCCACCAAGUUUUGUGCAGCCUGGUCUUUCAGUGUCCUGGGAAUUGUUGACACAAAAUUACUGAAGGAAAAAAAACGAACUAAACCUAUGACCUUCACUAGCAUGGCGGUAAUAAGCUGCUAGUCGCAUACAUAGCCAACCCUUUUACAGUGGGAAACGUAACCUAUGUAAUGUAAUAUCAGCAGCCUAAAUAUUAUCAAAGUAAUGAAACAGGCAGCAUUGCAUUUAGGCUACUGAAGUUUAUGGCUUAAUUAGGAGAAUGCCAUGGUAUUAGGAAUCAUUCAGCAUGGCUGUUUUCUUUUGUGUAUGAAAGGUGCGAAAGAUGUCUAGGGGAAAGUAAAAACAUGUAUGCAAGUGUGUUCAUGUGGGUAUGUAUGGCAAAGUCAGUAUGAUGUUCAAAUAUAGUAAAAGAAGGUGCCAGUGGGAGAGAGCUAACCCAAAGGGGCCUGCACCAGAAUGUGCCUAACCGAAAAGUGCCCAGAUCAAGAGAGAACAACCCCUUAAAUACCCACACGUCUGUGUAUGUGUCUGUCUGUCUGUCUCUCUCUCUCUCUCUCUCUCUCUCUCUCUCUCUUUGUGUGUGUGUGUGCCUGUGUGUAUAUUUUUUUGUUAGUAUAGUUUUUGUUUCUCUUCAACCUUGUGCAUUGCCGAUGUGCCAGUGUGUGCAUGUGUCCAUGUGUGUAAGCUGGUACAGACUGCUUUUGGCUUGAAAGUGCUUACUACAUCACUCAUGAAUAUAUUUGUUCCCAAUAUGUCUUUACAAACACAUUGACUGUCAUUAACACACACUGAAAAUAUGUAUGUGUUUGUGUAUGAGUGUAUUUGUUUUAAUCCCUUUCUCUUGUCAGACAAGAACCCCUUUAUACACAGGGAGUUGGUGACACCCUUUUUCGCCGAGAACAAGGCCAAGGAAGGGAAUUUUAUUAUCUGUGGUGUAAACAUAAAAUGUGACAGACCCACCCAAUAUUAUGUGACCUAGUUUUCUUUUCUUCAGCGAAUAACAAUUAGACUCUGCAUAAUACCUUAUCACACACAACUAAGGAGUGUCCUUUGUGUGAAAGUAUAGCAAGCCCUUGGCACUGCUGAGAGGACAAUGGACAUCUUAGAUAUAAUUGUAUAGCUUGUGUUUUAGAUAGGCAAGGAAAAGAUACGAUUUGCUUUUCACUGAAUGCCUUCCGAGCUUUUUAAAGGAGCUUGACUUAUUAUCAUUAUCAGUUGAAAACUAGUGAGCGAUAAAGUCUUUGUUCCUAUCUCUGAUACAACUGUGCACUACCACACAGAAGGGAUAUAUAGAUAAGGGAUAUAUAGGGAUAUAUAUAUAUAUGUAAAUAAGGACAGGUACAAGUUCUGGAAGAGAGGUUACAUCCAGGUCGUCGGUGCACAACGAUGUCCCAAACAGCCUGUCUCUUUCUACUGUCCGUCUUCCUGGCAGGAGCUACUGCCGCCCAGAAACCAUAUGGACCCCAGUCUGCACAGAUCUCGGGGACGGAUGAGAUGAAGAUAGGAGUCUCGUACAGUUUUGAGUGUUCUGCAGAAUGCUACCCACCCUGCACGUACACUUGGAAUGUGGAUGGACAGACAGUGCACGGAAGCGGGAUUGACUUUUCUGUUCCUGGAUAUACGCCGCCACAGGUCCUCAACUGUGUGGCUAAGAAUCCUGCAACAGGAGAGACUGCCGAUGUUAAGAAGACGGUGCAAGUGAAAGUGGUUAAAGAGGGGCCCACGUCUGUGGAGAUCACAGGGGUGGAUGUGAUGACAGUGGGGGUUAAAUACACUUUUGAGUGUUCUGCUGAUUGCUCCCCGCCCUGCACAUACACCUUUAAUGUGAACGGGCAGAUACUACAUGGAAACGAGCUGGACGUUGUUAUGCACGGACCUUCAGCACCACAAGUCCUCGUUUGCGAGGCUAAGAAUCCCGCCACAGGGAAGACGGCCAGAGCUAAAAAGAUUGUGGACGUUACAGAGUCUGCUGAGAACACCACGAACAACAAACCAUAUGGGCCUCGGUCUUUAAAGAUCUCCGGGGCAGAUGUGGUCACAGAGGGAGUCAAGUCCACUUUCUUGUGCUCUGCUGAAUGCUACCCAUACUGCACGUACACCUGGAAUGUGAAUGGCCAGAUUCUCCAUGGCAAUGGGAUCGACUUCACUGCUGGAGGAUUUAUGCCACAAAUCCUCAACUGCGAGGCUACGAAUCCAACUACGGGAGAGACCGCCAGCAUUAACAAGACUGUGGGAGUUACAGGUCGUACUGUCAGUGAGAUGCCACCGACUGUUGCCACCAAGAGACCAUAUGGCCCUCAGUCUUUGGAGAUCACCGGGGCGGAUGUGAUAAAAAUAAGUGUCUCGAACCAUUUCACAUGUUCUGCAGAAUGCUACCCACCCUGCACAUACACUUGGAAUGUGGAUGGGAGCAUAGUUCAUGGAAGUCAGAUGGACCUUACUAUUCCUGGACCUGCGCCACCACAAGUUCUCUACUGCGAAGCUAAGAAUCCACUCACAGGAAAGACGGCCAACAUUACCAAACGUGUGCCAGUGUCAGACGCCAUAGAGGGGCCCACGUCUGUGGAGAUCACAGGGGUGGAUGUGAUAACAGUCGGAGUCCAUUAUACCUAUGAGUGUUCUGCAGAAUGCUCUCCAUCUUGCACAUACACAUGGACUGUGAAUGGGCAGCUGACACUACAUGGAUCAAUGGUCAUUGACGUUGUUAUGGAUGGACUUGCAGCGCCACAAGUCCUCAACUGCGAGGUCACUAAUAUAGCCUCAGGAAAGACUGCCAGCGUUACCAAGACGAUGCCAGUGGCAGAUGGACCCUCCAAUGUCACUAUCUCAGCCCCAGAAAAGUUAGUAAAUGGAGUUGAGUGUACAUUUGUGUGCUCUGCUAUUUGCGACCCCUCGUGUAGCUAUGAUUGGUUCAUUGAUCACAAAACGUGGAAAAAUGACAGCCGUGAACUACAAUACACACCACCAUCAGACACCAAAUCAGCAACUGUGAUUUGCAAGGCUCAAAACACGCUAUCUGGCCUUUUUGUGGAAUCCUCUGUCACUGUCUCAGUAGAAGGAGCUACAGCUGGAGAGAAGCCCAAGAGCACCACCACCACCAAAGUACCAUAUGGGCCUCAGUCUGUAAAGAUCUCUGGUGCGGAUGCGAUCACAGUUGGAGUUUCGUACAAUUUCACAUGUUCUGCAAAAUGCUAUCCUCCCUGCACGUACACCAUGUCCAUCGAUGGGGCAACUGGACAUGGAGACUACAUCGGCAUCAGUAUUGGUGGCCCUGCUGCUCCCCAAUUCAUCGGCUGCGUGGCUAAGAAUCCAGCCACCGGAGUGUUCGCCAGCACGAGCAAGACAGUGCGCGUGGCAGACAUAAAUGUGGGACCCAUACAUGUGGAGAUUAAAGGGGUGGAUGUAGUGUCAGUGGGAGUCCCGUCCACCUUCGAUUGCUCAGCAGAAUGCUCCCCGGCCUGCACCUACACCUGGAAUGUGAAUGGGGAAACCGUGCAUAGAUAUUCUCAGAUCGACGUGGUUCUUCAUGAAGGCUCAACACCAUGGACUACACUACCCCUCAGCUGUGAGGUCAGGAAUCCAGCCACUGGGAAGACGGUCACCGUUAGCAAAACGGUGCCAGUAGCAGAAGGACCUUUGAAUGUCAGUAUUGCCGCACACAAAACGCUGGUGAAUGGAGAUGAGUAUACAUUUGUGUGCUCUGUGGCUUCCUGCCACCCUUCCUGUAUCUAUAGCUGGUUCAUUGGUGACCAAACAUGGGCAAACACCACCAAUGAGCUGCAGUACACAGCACCAUCCAACACAAAAACCACUGUGACUUGCAAGGCACAAAACACCUUAUCUGGUAUUUAUGUGGAAUCCACUGUCACUUUUUCAUUGACAGGAGGUACCGCCAGUCAGGAGCUGGAGAGAAUGAACACCAACACACCAUAUGGUCCUCAGUUUUUGAAGAUCAUCGGGGAGGAUGUGCUUACAAUUGGACUCCCGUACAGUUUUGUGUGUGCUGCUGAAUGCUAUCCACCCUGCACAUACACCUGGAAUGUGAAUGGGAAAAUAAUUCCGGGAAGUGUGAUUGACUUCACGUUUUCUGGACAGUCUCUACCAGAAGUCCUUAACUGUGUGGCUAAGAAUCCGGCCUCUGGAAAGACAGCCAGUGUUAACAGAACUGUGCAAGCAUCAGACAUAAAAGAGGGGCCCACAUCUGUGGAGAUCACAGGAGUAGAUGUGGUCACUGUAAAAGUCCCGACCAGUUUCGAGUGUUUUGCUAACUGCUCCCCAGCCUGCACAUACAGCUGGAGUGUUGAAGGGGAGAUAUCACACGGAAGCAGCCUUGACUUUGUUCUUCCCCAGCUGUUGCCACCACAGGAUCUAACCCAAAACCUAACCCUUACCCUCAACUGUGAAGCUAAGAACCCAGCCACAGGACAGACUGCCAGUGUUAGCAGGACAGUGCAAGUGGCAGAGGGACCGUUAAAUGUCAGUCUCACCGCACCUACAAAACUGGUGAUUGGAGCCGAGGCCACAUUUGUCUGCUCUGCUUUUUGUUACCCUUCCUGUACUUAUGAUUGGCUCAUUGAUGACCAAACCUGGAAAACUGGCGGCAGCGAACUACAGUUCACAACACCAGCUGACAUUGAAUCAGCUACUGUGAUUUGCAAGGCUCAAAACAUCCUAUCUGGCCUUAUUGCAGAAUCCGCUGUCACUGUUUGGGUGGAAGAGGGGCCUAAAUCUGUGAAGAUUGAAGGGGUGGAUGUGGUCACAGUGGGUGUACCAUACACUUUUGAGUGUUUAGCAUACUGCUCCCCUCCUUGCACAUUCACCUGGAAUGUGGCUGGAAAAACAGUGCAGGGAAACGAACUUGACUUUUAUCUUCGUGGACUUUCACCACCACAAGCUCUCAGCUGUGAGGCUAAGAAUCCAAUGACUGGAAAGACUGCCAGCUUUACCAAAAUUCUGCAAGUGGCAGAGGGGCCUUUAAAUGUCAGUAUCACAGCACCUAAAAUGUUGGCGAAUGGAGUCGAGUCCACAUUUGUGUGCUCAGCUGUGUGCUACCCAUCCUGUAACUACAGCUGGUAUAUCGGUGACCAAACACGGACAAACUCCCGUAAACUACAUUACACGGCACCACCUGAGACCACAUUAGCAACUGUGAUUUGUAAAGCACAGAACACUUUAUCUGGCCUUUUUGUGGAAUCCAUCAGUAAUGUUUGGAUGGCACAGGGGCCUAAGGAUGUAACCAUUAAAGGACCAUCAUCUGUGAUAGUAGGGAACACAUUCUCCUACUAUUGCCUUGCUGACUGCGUUCCUGCAUGUAACAUCACAUGGCGUUUCGAAGGGAGAACCCUCACUGGGGAGUCAGUGUCUGUGCCCAUCCUCCAGGGAGGGGAGGCUGUGCUGGGCAACAGGCUGGUCAUCAGUGUGGAAGACUACAUUCAGACGGAGCUGCUGCAGUGUACUGCGGCCAACAUUCUCUCUGGCCAGUCUGAGACUGUCAUGAUGGCUAUCAAUGUGACUGAUCCAAUUGCAGUUCAGCCCAACACUGAAGCACAACCAAGAACAAACAGGUUGUAUUCACUGCAGUGUGCUGGAGCAGAGCAAGGAUCUUAUAUUCAGUGGACCAGAAAUGGGGAAGCAUUGUCUACAAGUGUCAGCGUCCAUCUUUCUGACAAUAAUGUUUUUCUUAUAUUUGAUCCACUCCAUCCAUUUGAUACAGGCGUGUAUCAGUGUAUUGUUACAGAGCAAGGAAAAGUCAUCCCUGGAAUCCCAUACGAGUUGAAUGUCAUUUAUGGGCCAGGAACUCCUGACAUAGCAUCUAUCUCUGGUGGAAAAAUAUUGAGACAGAAACCGAUUGAUGUCCUUCGCCUUCUCCCUGGAUCUUCAGCAACCUUACACUGCUCCUCUCAGUGCUACCCAGCAUGCACCUACGAGUGGACUUUGGGGGAUAAAGUUGUGUCCACAAAUGCCACAUUCUCGAUCAGGUCAGCAAGUGAGGCUGAUGUCGGUGUUCUCCUCUGUACAGCUUCUAAUCCAGACGUCCAUACUGUCCCUACAAGCUACACCAGUGCUAGCCUUUCCAUUGAGCUGAUUGAUGGCCCAAAGAUGGUCACUAUCACUGGCCCAAGCUCAGUGCAAGUAGGUGUGACGGCCACGUUUGAGUGCUCAGCUGUCUGCACCACAUUCUGCUUCUACACAUGGGAGAUCUAUGGGAAAACACUACAUGGCAGUAAGGUGGAUCUCACUCUCAGUAAAUAUGCGGCAACUGAAACCAUUGUAUGCAAAGCGGAGAAUACUUUCACUGGAAAGAUCGCUACUGCAACUGCAACGAUUGACCUUACAGAUCCUGACUGGUGUGGUUGUUAAAUCCUGAUAAUUUUUCUAAAAUAAAUAUCUGGUCUAUCUAACAGUUCUUCCUUUAAGUUAGUGAUUGUUAAAAGAAUGCUCCCUGUAUUGCUUGGAAACCAUGACCCUUGAUGGAAAAAUACAAUAUAGACCCUUUCAUCAAUAAAAACAAAAACAAUGCUUGAACGUUC